UUUCCUGUUAUAAUGAUAUUUGUAGGGUUAGUCUAAAGUCUGCUACAAAAGAACUGAUCUAUAUACUCUCUUGGAGAAGAAUAGCUCAUGGGCUAAUCCAGGCUGAACUCCAGCACUGUAUUAACCAGCCAGACCUGCAAGACCAGAAAAGCCCCAUAGAAAAGUCUCAGCUGUACAAGAGGACACGGUGGUUGACUAGCUCAGCUGUGGGCAUCUAAAGAUGGAUGAGAGGAUUGUGUCCUUCAAGACACAAAGCUCUACAUCAGGGAGAGACAGAGAUUAAAGGAAAAUAACACAAGAGGUCAAAAUGUUUAUAGUCCUGCAGGUGAGAAGAGAUGGAAUGAUUAGAAAAAUUAUCCACAAGUUUUCCUCCUCUCCUAUAUGCCUGAACAAUCUCAGCUAAUUCUGCCCCUCCUGAAUGAUUUUAAGCAACUCUGGCUAAAAAUAAUGUAACUAGAAGAACUUGUCCGCAUGAACUUGUCUGCAUGGGUCAGCUAUUGUACAGCAAAUUAGAGCAUGAAUUCAAAGGACAGUAGGUCUUUGCACAGAGUGUUAGUGUGGCGACUGAGAGAGAAAGUACUUCUCAAUCAAUCUAACCUGAUUAUACAGAGCCCACUGUGAUCUUUGGGAACCUGUUCAUUGUCUUCUUUGGGGUCAGCUCACUCUUCACCUUCUUAAGUAAGAUACCUACAGAAAUGGAGGGAUUUGUGACAUGCUGGAAAAAGUAAAGUUUCAAAAGUGCUCCUUGAUCCAUGUCAGGAAAGCAUAAACAAAAAAGGGUUAUAAUUCAAUAUGUAAUAAGGGUUUUGAAGGGGAUUCAGGCUUCAAGAAUUGUUUUUCCAACUCCUCAGAGAGACAGAAGAACUAAAGUCACCUCGCCAGGAGUAAGGACAGACUGGAUAUGCAGCAAGCUCUGUAACACAAAAUGCCAUGGCAAAUCAGUACUAUGAAAGGCCUGGCUCUGACGGGAAAGAGAAGUGACACAGGAUCCACAGCUGUGCAGCUUCUCUUGAAUAAUUUCAGUCCAGACGAGGAACAGGCUGUGGGCCUGGAAAAAGCUGAUCUAGUCCAGCUGAUCUGAUCUGCAGGAGGCUCCAAAUGCCCCUGGCUCUUUCUCAUGACUUGGCCUGACUUCCUCCCUGCCACAGAUACCCAAAGCAGAAAAAGCCACUGGCAGAGAAGUCUGUCAGUAAAAAGGAAGAGCUAAGAGUCAGUAAGCUACAAUGGUCAGCUUUCCCAGCUUAUGUUUCAUUAGCAAGUAUUGCACUGUUGUCAACAUGAUAAUAAUGGCCCACACAGACAUCCAGGCAAAUAUUUCUCUCCCUGCUCCUAGCACAUUUACAAACAGAAUAGCCUAAGGCAGAUAAAAUGAGGAAGCGGACUGAAGCAUAUUCUUCUCCUUAUUGUCAGAAUAGAGAUUAGACAUAUACCUGAUAUGAAUAUUAAAUGCGAAUGUCACCGUCUCUUGCAAGAUGCUGACUCUUCUUAACAUAUCCGGGAUUAGAAUUAGUAAAAAAUUAUAUGCACAAAAUAAUACUCACAAAUUCAGAAGAAAAAUGCCUAAGACAGGGCUGAAGAGGGGUGUAUGAGGACUAUACCCUAAACAGGCAAAGGAUCAGGUUAGUAGUAAUGUUGUGAUUAUUCAGAUGUUGAGGUGAAUCAGCUAAAGAUUUGUGCAGCUGUUAAUUUAUUUGAUAGUCCUCAUGGAAUUAGAAAUCGCAGGGGAAAAAAAGUAAAUCCAAGGAGUGUAGCUUUUGAUAAAUAAUUCUGGAAUAUUUGCGUAUAGUAUGCCUGGUUUCGACUAAUCUCUUUAAUCUCUGAACAGUGUUAAAUAUAUUUAUAGUAGAAUCAACUGGAGAGAACAGUAAAGGCUAUGGAUUAGAUAAAUCCAAAACAUACAUUCUCCAAAACUAACUAUUCAUCUUAUAUUUGCUCUGACUGUAUUUUAUAUUUUAAGGCAAAAUAAUGAAUACACACACCUGGCAAGUGUGGGCCAUGUACAUGGUCUUAGCUGUAAAUCUCUCGAGAGAGCAAGAGAUGAAGCAGACUUGUCCUUCCUGUGAUACUACUGAGAUUUGCAACUGCUCUUCCAUGGGCUUGGAAUUCAUUCCACCUGGGCUCACAGCCAAAACCACAGUGUUAAACCUGGCCCACAACAGGAUAAAGCACAUCCACUCCCAGGACCUGCGGCAGGCUGUGAACCUGAGAGCCCUGCUGCUGCAGGCCAACAAAAUCAGCUCAAUAGAUGAGGAUUCGUUCCGCUCCCUUGGGAAACUGGAGCUCUUGGACUUGUCAAAUAACAGCUUGGCUCACUUGUCCCCUGCGUGGUUUGAGCGUCUCUUUUCACUCCAGCACCUCCACCUGCAAGGCAGCUCCUACAGAGACCUGGGGCAAAGCCCCCUGUUUUCUAAGCUGAGGAACCUGAGCUCUCUCCACCUGGGCAACCCAUGGUUCUCCACAAUAAGGCAAGGGAACUUUGAGGGCGUUGUGCUUCUUAACAAGCUGUGGAUUGACGGGGGCAACCUCAGUCAUUACGAGCCAGGAAGUUUGGAGCUGAUUAGGAAGAUAAAUCACAUGAUCAUAAACGUGAGAAACAUUAGCAUAGUCUCAGCAAUUGUCAGGGACCUUCUGCACUCUGUCACUUGGUUAGAAGUGAGAGAAAUUGACCUCAAUGAACCUGCUGAAACACAACUAUUGAGAGUCAUGUCUCACUCCUUUGCAAGCAAAAUUUCUUUCAAAGAGACCUUAAUAACAGAUGCCACUGUUCCUGAGUUUGUCAGCAUUAUAGCAGACAUGCCAAAGUUAGAGGAGGUUGAGUUUAUAGACUGUAGACUCAUGGGAAUUGGACGAUGGAAAAUGCAAAUUCAUGUAAAUCAGUCACAGACUAUUAAAAUUAUAACAAUAGAUAAAUUGUCUAUAGAGCAAUUCUAUUUGUUUACAGACCUUCAGGAUGUGGAAGGUCUACUAAGUCUUCUUACCAAAGUCACAGUUGAAAACACCAAGGUCUUUUUGGUACCAUGCAGGGUUUCACAGCACCUUCGAUCAUUAGAGUAUCUUGACCUUAGUUCGAAUUUGCUUGGAGACCAGAGUUUGGAGCACUCAGCGUGUCAGGGUGGUUGGCCCUCACUGCAAAUUCUAAAUUUAAGUCAGAACUCAUUGAGUGACUUAGGGAUGACGGGUAAAAGUUUGUCUCAUCUGAGACACCUAAUUCUCCUAGACAUUAGCCAAAAUAAUUUUGGUGAUAUUCCAGAUGUGUGUGAAUGGCCAAAGACCCUGAAAUAUUUAAACCUCUCCAGAACUCAAAUUCCUAAGGUAACGACUUGCAUUCCCCCAACGCUGGAAGUAUUGGAUGUUAGCGUGAACAACCUGAAGGAGUUUGGGCUGAGACUCCCAUUUCUGAAAGAGCUGUACCUCACCAGAAACCAGCUGAAGACCUUGCCUGAUGCAGCACCCAUCCCUAACUUAGUGGCCAUGUCGGUCAGAGGAAACAAGCUCAACAGUUUCUCCAAGGCAGAGCUCGAGUCCUUCGAGCACAUGGAGCUGCUGGACGCCGGCGACAACAACUUCAUCUGCUCCUGUGAGUUCCUCUCCUUCAUCCACCAGCAGGCAGGACUAGCGCAGGUGCUGGUGGGGUGGCCGCAGAGCUACGUGUGUGACUCUCCCCUGGCAGUGAGAGGGGCUCAGGUUGGAGCCGUGCACCUCUCGCUGAUGGAGUGCCACCAGUCCCUCAUGGUGUCGUUGAUCUGCACCCUGGUGUUCCUGGCCAUCCUCUCCCUCGUGGCUGUCGGCUACAAGUACCACACGGUCUGGUACCUGAGAAUGACCUGGGCAUGGCUGCGAGCCAAGCGGAAGCCCCGGCGAGCUCCCCCAAAGGACCUCUGCUAUGAUGCUUUUGUCUCCUACAGCGAGAAUGACUCGGACUGGGUGGAAAACAUCAUGGUGCGGGAGCUGGAGCAGGCCUGUCCCCCCUUUCGGCUCUGCCUCCACAAGCGGGACUUUGUGCCCGGGAAGUGGAUCGUGGACAACAUCAUUGACUCCAUCGAGAAGAGCCACAAAACGCUCUUUGUGCUGUCCGAGCACUUUGUGCAGAGCGAGUGGUGCAAAUAUGAGCUGGACUUCUCGCACUUCCGCCUCUUUGAUGAGAACAACGACGCAGCGAUUCUCAUCCUUCUGGAGCCCAUCCAGAGUCAAGCGAUUCCCAAGAGGUUCUGCAAGCUGCGGAAGAUCAUGAACACCAAGACCUACCUGGAGUGGCCUCUUGAAGAAGAGCAACAGGCGAUAUUUUGGUUUAAUUUGAAAAUAGCUCUAAAAUCCUAGAGAGGGACAUUAAGGAAUACUUAAAUUCCAA